GAAGCGUGUCAGAAGGAUGCUGAAAUGCAAGCUCUUAUAACGGCCAUUAGAAAAAACCGCUGGCCACGAAAACCAGCUGGUAACACUAACAACAAUAAGAACGAUAAUAACAUCGAUCUAACGCCAUAUCACAGUAUUUGUAACGAACUAACAGUUUCAGAUAACGGUAUCGUACUACGAGGAAACCGACUUGUUAUGCCCAAGAAACUACGAAGCCACACAUUAAAUAUUGCACAUGCGCAACACCAGGGUAUCGUGAAAACUAAAACCUUACUUCGAACAAAAGUAUGGUGGCCGGGAAUAGAUCGCCAGGUUGAAACGCUUAUCGCUUCCUGUAUACACUGUCAAGCUGCAAACAAUUCCAAAAUAUUUGAACCGCUGAAAAUGACCACAAUGCCAUCCAAACCAUGGCAAGUAAUUCAUGGGGAUUUUUGUGGACCAUUCCCCAGUGGGGACUAUCUUUUAGUGUUAAUGGAUGAACAUUCCCGAUUUCCUGAGGUCGAAAUCAUUCGAUCAACUACAACCGCGGUCACUAUUGGAAAGCUUGAGAAAAUAUUUUCGGUUCAUGGAUUCCCAAUUGAAUUUGUUAGCGAUAAUGGUCCACCUUUUAACGGACACGAAUUCCACAACUAUUUAGCACGAAAUGGAAUCAAACAUCGAAAGAUUACGCCAUACUGGCCGCAGGACAAUGCACACGUAGAACGGUUUAUGAGGACUAUUGAAAAAUCAGUUAGAAUUGCUCACUCACAAGGAAAGAAUUGGAAAACGGAACUUUAUCGUUUUCUCCUAGAUUACCGCACAACACCACAUGUUACUGCAGGAAUUGCACCGGCAGAUCUACUAUUCAACCGACAAAUACGUAACAGACUUCCAGAUAGCAACGCGAUGAUCCCAGAAGGGAAAGGGGGAAAUCAGGAUAAAACGUCUCCAACUACAAGUCGUGAAGCUGUACUUCAACGCGAUGCUAUAGCUCUCAUUUUUUGA